AUGAAGAGGGCAGCCGCUUUCCAGCUGACCUCGGGCUCAGGUGAUGGCGAUGAGUCGGAAGAGGGCCAGAAUGGAUCCGCUGGUGGCGCAGGCGCGUUGCAAGGUAGCGGGGCUGGCAGAGUGUGAGUGAUCUUUCUUAUGUGAAAAGAGUGGAGUGGCCGGAGCAGGAGUACUGCCAGUGAUGUUUGCCUGCCGACUGGGCGGAGGUGCGCCACAUCGUUUGUCGUCAACUUCAUGAUGCAGUGAAAGCUGCCUUGGGUCACUUGGCGCAUCGCGGCUCAGCGCUGAUCAGCCUUCAUCACUGCAGUAUCAAGGGUAUGCCUAGACGGAAAGGAAGCGGAGCCCCCGGUGGGGCAAGUUCAGCAUCAAUAGCGGCAGCGUCAAGUUCGGCGCCUGGUCGAACUCCUUUCUCUUUUGGUACAGCAGCACCUCCCGCGUCAAACGCUUCUUUCGUACAGAGCAAUGCUGUUGGUGCUUCAAACGGCAUUGCAUCCGCUCCCGCGACUCCCGCUACUCUCUUUGUGAGUACUCGAGUGCAGAUCGCGGCGAAGCUACCCUGGCGCUCUGAGCUCUCGUAGAAGGCGCUGAUUGUGGCAUGGAACUUCCACUGACACCCUUGCGCACCACUCUCGCGGUCUUCGUAGUCAUUCGGCUCUUCUUCGACGAGCAGCGCAACACCCCAAGUCACAUCCUCCACUUCUCGGCAAUCAUCCGCUGAAUCCUACUACCUGAAACUUAGAGGCCUCAAUCACUCCCUUUCUAGCGCAUUGGAAGGUGUCCUCAAGGCCGAUCCGUUCGCAGACCUCACACACAUCCUUACUGAGCUAGCGCGUGACUACAAACGGCAUAGGAGCAGCGCCGAUGCUCUUUCUGGGCCGUCUGCGACCGCAGCAAUAUCAUCAGCAACGAGUUCGACGUCUCCUGCAGUGCCAUCAUCGCCGAUAGUCUCGAACCCUGCGACGCCUUUUGUCUCCCCACGCCAAGCGAAUACCCUCGUAGGACCCCCAAAAGCACCUACCACUCCUUUCACAUUUGGAGGAGUACCUGCAGGCUCCUCUUCCACCACAUCGACAGCAGACCUCAAACCCACACUACUUCCGGGGCAGCCAACUUUUUCUAGCCCAUCAGGCGGCUUUUCAUUCGCAGGCAAGAGCUUUGGAGCCCCUGCUCAAGGUGAUGCACAGGCAAGCGAAGGCGCCGUGAAAACACCUAGCAACUCUUCGACAAAUGCCUCAUCAUUCGUCUUUGCGCCUGCCGCAGCAGCGAAAGAGGUAUCUACGACGGUCACGAAGGGAGAUGGGGAUGUAUCACGGGCAGAAGGCAGUCGGGCAGAAGGGGCUACCAGUACCACCAGAAUCCAACCCGCUGCCUCGCCUUUCUUUGGCUUUGGCCAAGCACAUUCAGGCAGCGCGAAGGGCGCAGCCACCCCCCACUCUAAGAGUGCAGCUGGCGGCUCAAAUGUUCAAAACACGUCAUCAGACAAGCCGAUUUCUUUUGGAAAUUUCAACAAGAGCGGCAUGUUUGGAUCUGGAUCCUCGAGUACCCCUGCUACUCAUGACUCUGCGACCGAAGAUGCCGCAAUCAAACCGAUAUUCGCCUUCGGAUCCGCUCCAGCAGCGAUAUCUACUCCGACGUCAUCAGCGACCUUCGGCUCCGGCUCAGUGUCGACCACCAAUCCUGUCAGCACUCCGUUUUCGUUCGGCGCGAAAGCCGCCAAUGCUGCGGAGUCUGCUUCGGGCUCGAGCGCCAGCAAACCUGCGGCGGCUUCUCCGUUCGGUUUUGGCUCUGCGUCAGGAUCGUCCUCGAGCAACAAUCUGCGCUUCUCGUUCGGUUCCUCCUCCGCCUCUUCUACGGACCCCUCAAAAAUCAGUACGAAUGCAGCGCCCAAUGCGGGAGCAAGCAAGUCAACAUUCUCUUUUGGAGCGUCCAGCAGUCCCUCUGCGGGAGGUACCGGAUAUGCGGCCACGGGCAACACAAAACCCGGAGGGUUUCAAUUUGCCUUUGGCAAACCAUUGGCUUUUGGAGGAUCUGAGCAAGGCUCUGCCGACAAGGAGGAUGACAAUGACAAAGCGGACGACAAAUGA